CUAAAAAAAAAGAAAAUGCAAACUAACCAAAACCAAGUCGUUUUGGUUAAUAAUUUGGGGAAAAAAAAAAGAAAAAAAAAAAAAAUUCAGGAUUUCAAAAUUCCCUCCCCCCGGCUGCCUAUACAAGCAUAUGGUAGCAGAUAUAGAAAGAGAGAGGAGAAGAAGAGAGAGACGAGACGCUGCCUCCUGACGCUCUCCGCCGCCGCCAUCCUGCCGCCGGCAGACUCCCUCGCAGCUGCUAUAUACGCAGCGGAUAUAGAAAACAGAGUGAGAGAGAGAGAAGAAGAAGAGAGAGAGGAGACUCUGCCUCCCGACGCCCCUCCACCGCAGCCGUCCUGCCGCCGCCGACGCCCUGCUGCAGCUGAUUCAAGAAAAAUACAGGAUAUUGUCAUGUAUGUGAACUCUCCAGGAGGAUCAGUUACCGCUGGCCUGGCCAUAUUUGACACGAUGAGGCAUAUACGACCUGAUGUUUCCACUGUAUGUGUUGGACUGGCUGCUAGCAUGGGGGCUUUCCUACUUAGCUCUGGCACUAAAGGGAAAAGAUACAGCCUGCCAAACUCUAGGAUAAUGAUCCAUCAGCCUCUUGGUGGAGCUCAAGGUGGGCAAACUGAUAUAGAUAUCCAGAAAAAGAAAAACCACCAGAAAGAAAGAAAGAAAGAAUUUGUACUUCUUUAGAAUCCCUUGAAGUGAUUCCCUGAAGUUGGAACUAUUGACAGAAUUUUAAUGGUUUCCUUCAAUAAGGCAAAUGAAAUGUUACAUCACUAGGCAAACCUGAAUGGGUAUCUAGCCUACCAUACUGGUCAAAGCCUUGAGAAGAUCAACCAGGACACCGAUCGUGAUUUCUUCAUGAAUACUAAAGAAGCCGAAGAGUAUGGGCUUAUAGAUGGUGUAAUCAUGAAUCCUCUGAAAGCCUUCCAACCUCUAGCAGCCUAGUGCAGCAGAUCAAUAAUCACAAUUCUUGGUAUGUGAACCUCUCAUAGUUAUUGCGGCCUUAAAUGACAUGCUGGCUUAUAUUGUAGAUCAUGAUAUUGUACUCAGUUUCUCUUGAUUCUGAAUGAUCAUGAUAUUGUACUCAGUUUCUCUUGAUUCUGAAUGAUUUGAUUUCUAUGCACUUUGAUCAGUGAAUGAAAAGGAGUUUUUCUGUGUUCAUCCAAAUGGAGCUUGAGAAGUAAUUUUACUUUAUCUGGCUGAAUUUCUUCAACCACCAGUGCCCUUGCUUUUGCUGCCACUGCUACUGCAGAUACACAUACUAAAGACGAUAUUUAUUACCGUAUUGUCAUAGUCUUAGUUUUCCUCCAACAAUACUUCUGAUAUCAUUAAAAGAUUCACCAUAUCCAGAAAAAUAAAUAAAAUCCACAUUUGCUUAUUCUUUAAAAUUGUUUCCGUCAGAUCCUGUGUUUCAAAAUGACUGGUACUCUGUUUCUCUCUCUAAGUUAAUUACAGCCACAGAAACCCCAGAUUGAGAGGGUCCAGAGAAGUGUGAAAAGAUCAGAUAAACUGAAGUGUACUGAUUCUUGUCAUAUUUAGGUAGAAGUUGACAUACGCAAUAAUAUGUUCAAUCCACAGGUAUUGUAAAAAAUAAUUGAAACACUUGUAUAAUAACAUUAUAUGACUCGCAA